UCUCUUGGAAACGGAAUAUUGGCCUCGAGGCUCUCCAGCCCUUUGAGAUUUCCAAUGGGAUCUUAGAAGCAGCUGAAGCACGAUGAAGGGCAGUACCCUGGGGCCAGCCACGAUUUGAACGCCCUGCCCUGCAGCUCUUUGGACGGAGGGACCCAGAACCCUGCUCUCACUGCUCACCAGGUCACAGUUUUUAUCCACGUGAACCCACAUGGCUUUGUUACGAAAAAUUAACCAGGUGUUGCUGUUCCUUCUGAUUGUGACCCUCUGUGGGAUUCUGUAUAAGAAAGUUCAUAAGGGGACCAUGCUAAGGAAUGAAGGAGAUGAUGACGCCGAGACCGCAGAGGAGAUGGAGGAUGAAAUUCCGGUGGUGAUCUGUGCAGCAGCAGGCAGGAUGGGCGCCGCCAUGGCCGCCAUCAACAGUAUCUACAGCAACACCGAUGCCAACAUCUUGUUUUAUGUCGUUGGGCUCCGGAACACUCUGUCCCGAAUACGGAAAUGGAUCGAACAUUCUAAACUGAGAGAAAUAAACUUUAAAAUCGUGGAAUUCAACCCUGUGGUCCUUAAAGGAAAGAUCAGACCAGACUCCUCGAGGCCUGAGCUGCUCCAGCCUCUGAACUUUGUUCGAUUUUAUCUCCCUCUGCUUAUCCACCAACACGAGAAAGUCAUCUAUUUGGAUGAUGAUGUAAUUGUCCAAGGAGACAUACAAGAGCUCUACGACACCACCUUGGCCCUGGGCCAUGCGGCAGCUUUCUCAGACGACUGCGAUCUGCCCUCCUCCCAGGACAUACACAGGCUCGUGGGGCUGCAGAACACAUAUAUGGGCUAUCUGGACUACCGGAAGAAGACGAUAAAAGACCUUGGCAUCAGCCCCAGCACUUGCUCUUUCAAUCCUGGUGUGAUUGUUGCCAACAUGACCGAAUGGAAGCACCAGCGGAUCACCAAACAGUUGGAGAAAUGGAUGCAAAAAAAUGUGGAGGAAAAUCUCUACAGCAGCUCGCUGGGAGGAGGGGUAGCCACCUCCCCAAUGCUGAUUGUGUUUCACGGGAAAUACUCCACCAUCAACCCCUUAUGGCACAUAAGGCACCUGGGUUGGAAUCCAGAUACCAGAUAUUCAGAGCAUUUUCUGCAGGAGGCAAAACUACUCCACUGGAAUGGAAGACAUAAACCGUGGGACUUCCCGAGUGUCCACAAUGACUUAUGGGAGAGCUGGUUUGUUCCUGACCCGGCAGGGAUAUUUAAACUCCACCACCCCAACAGCUGAUGUAACUCGACAUUUAAAAUAUUUCCUGUAAAAAUAUGCAGAACUGUCCAUGUGUACCCUAUUAUACCAUUGUUCUUUGUGAACAGGACCUUUGAUACAAAUGAUCCACAAAAACAAAAAACCCUACUGUGUACAAAUAGUACCUUGAACCCUAGAGGUAUUGAUUUAGUUCCUUAAAUACAAGUGACAAUUAUAGAAGAUUUUGUGAGUGAAAUAUGUUAUUGCAAAGAAAUAAACCCAGCUAGGUUUCAGCAAUUUGCUUAUUAACUCUGAAUGAAAACUACAGCCAUAAAUGUAAAAAAUUUCUAAAUGUAUUUUUUACAUGUAGGUAUUUUUUUAAUGAGUUGCCAGUGUUGUCUUUUGUAGAACAAUAUAUUACAUUUAAAACAGGAAUGUCUAAAAAAAUAAAAUAUUCAUAGACUUUUAA